CAGAUUUUAGCUAUAUAUCAAAUCCCAAAGCAACUCUUAUCUAUACAUAUCUUAUUUUCUAGAGCCACAAUAAAUGAUAAACAAGAGAGAAAUAAAAGAAUAAUUGAAGCAAAAUCAAAAUUAUUCAUGGCCACUCUUGAACACACCCCAACCUGGGCUAUUUCAUUUGUUUGUUUAUGCUUCAUUCUUGUCUCUUUUAUUUUUGAAGCUGCUCUUCACUAUCUAUCAGAAUUUCUAAGGAAAAGGAAAAGGAAAUCACUUGUAAGGGCCUUGGAAAAGAGUGAAACAGAGAUGAUGACAAUGGGUUUCAUAUCAUUGCUUCUCACAAUAACUGAAGUUCCUAUAUCAAAAAUCUGUGUAACAAAUUCUCUUGCAAACUCCUUUCAUCCAUGCAAGCAUCCCAUGGAGUCUCCACAAAUUUUAGACCUUUAUUCUGACAAUACAGGUGAAUCCUAUUGUCAGGCAAAGGGAAUGGUAUCACUUAUAUCAAGGGGAGGAGUCAUGCAGCUAAAAUUAUUUAUUUCUGUGUUAGCUGUGUUUCAUGUUUUCUACUGUAUAUUAACUAUGUCACUUGGGAUGGCUAAGAUGAGAAGAUGGAAAGCAUGGGAAGAAGAGACUCAAUCUUUUGAGUAUCAGAUUGCUAAUGAUCCAAGAAGGUUCAGGCUGACCCAUCAAACAUCUUUUGGGAGAAGACAUUUGAAAAUGUGGAGUGAUCAUCCUCUCUUGCUUUGGCUAGUAUGUUUUAUUCGUCAAUUCAGUGGUUCAGCUUCAAAAGCUGAUUACUUCACUCUUCGAAAUGGGUUCAUUCUGGCCAAUGUGGCUGAAAGAAGCACUUUCAACUUCCAGAAAUUCCUGACCAGAGCCUUUGAUGAUGAUUUUGAGAAAGUAGUUGGAAUCAGGUUAUGGAUAUGGAUGUUUUCCCUGCUUUUCAUAUUUUUCAGUGCACAAAGGUUUUACAACUACUACUGGCUGCCAUUCAUUCCUCUUGUGCUUGUUUUAGCAGUAGGGACAAAGCUGGAAACAAUCAUAACAAAUAUGUGUAUGGAGAGUUGCAAGAACAAUUCAGUAAUUAGAGGCACUUUUCUAGUGAAGCCUAGCGAUGAAUAUUUCUGGUUUCAUAGGCCUAAAUUGCUUCUGUAUCUCCUCCAGCUUAUCCUUAUCCAGAAUUCUUUUCAGCUAGCUUUCUUCACUUGGGCAUGGUACGAGUAUGGCUUCAGAUCUUGCUACAAUCAAGAAAUUGAAGAUGUAGUCAUUAGAAUUACAACGGGCAUGGGAGUUCAGUUUCUUUGUGGCUAUGUGACUCUGCCAAUCUAUGCACUUGUCACUCAGAUGGGUUCUGGAACGAAAAAGGCAGUGUUGACAGAACGUGUAACAAAAGGGCUAAAGAAUUGGCACUGGAAAGCAAAGCACCGUCUUUCUUGGGUAAGACAUGGAAAUGAAACUACUGCGUUGGAAGUUAUGAGCCCUCAUAGCCAUGGGACUAAACAAGAAGAAACAGAGCAUCAUAACUAUACUGGAAACAGAACAAGCACUUCAAUGCAAGAAAUAACUACAGAAGAAACUAGUCCCACAACGAGAAGUCCUGAUGAUGAUGAUGAGAUUUCAUUUGCUAGCAGUUGGAAGAACAUGGAUAGUUGUAGGGCUAGUGAAGAGAUUAGUUCAAAGAAGAAGAAGAAAAUGGUUACUCCAUUAUAUUAGCUGAUGAUGUUCAUCCUUCGGUUUGGCCAGAUAUUGGCAUAUAUAACCCAGUUUAUAAUUCUAAUUGAAAAUUUUAAUUUUUGUAUCAACAGAUUCUUGCACUCUUGAAAUUGGAACAUAACUAUUUGGUCGUUUUGCAUU